AUGACUUCGCUUUGGGGGCGCCUUCUGCCCCCUUUGGGGAGCGUCGCCCUUCUCUUGCUGCUGGUGGGGAGCUCCGGCUCCUCCUCCUCCCAUUCCAUGCGCUACUUUUACACGGCCCUGUCUGAGGCUGGCCAGGGGCUGCCGCAGUUCAUCUCAGUGGGCUACGUGGACGAGCAGCCCUUCACCAAGUAUGACAGCAUCACGAGGAGACAUGUGCCUCAAGUCCCCUGGAUGGAGAAGGUCGGGAAGGAGGAUCCCCAGUACUGGGAAACUCAGACCCAGAUUGCACAGGGCAAUGAGGCUGUGUUCCGGGUGGCCCUGGUGACGCUGCGGGAUCGCUUCCACCAGAAGAACAGCACAGGGCUCCACACCUGGCAGGUGAUGUACGGCUGCGAGGUGGGGCCGGACGGGCGGCUCAUCGGGGGGCAUGUCCAGGAUGCCUACGACGGGGAGGACUUCCUCGCCCUGGACAGGCACACCCUCACCUGGACGGCCCGCGUCCCCCAGGCCCAGGAGAUCAAGCGGAGGUGGGAGGGCAAGACUCAUGCAGCCCAGCACGCCAACGCCUACCUGGAGGAGGAAUGCGUGGAGUGGCUGGGAAGGUACCUGGGCUAUGGCAAGGAGAGCCUCCUGCGGACAGAGGCCCCAAUGACAAGGGUGACAUGCAAGAAGGGCCACGAUGGCCAGGAGACCCUCUUCUGCCAGCUCUACGGCUUCUACCCCAAGGAGAUUGAGGUCACCUGGAUGAAGGACGGGGAGGACCGGAGGCCGGAGACCCUGACGGGGGGUGUCGUCCCCAACUUGGACGGGACCUACCACACCUGGCUCAGCAUCGAGGUGGACCCCAAGGAGAGGGACCGCUACCGGUGCCGGGUGGGGCACGACAGCCUGCCGGAGCCCCUGGACUUGGCCUGGGAGGAGCCAGGAUCCAGCUGGGGGCUCGUUGUGGGAGUCCUUGUCGGGGUCACCCUCGCUGCCCUUGCGCUGGGGGCUGGAGUCGCCCUCUACCGGAAAAGACGUAGUCGGCCGGAGGGUGGUUACAAUGGAACACCAGUUCCUCUAACUGAAAUAUGA